AUGGAGGUUGGAAAUUUAUGCUCAAAUUUUGUGUGUUGUGUUUUAAAUAGCGACAAAGUAAUAGCAGAUUUUGAUGCCACACUAACAAAGCACCGGGUCAAUGGUUGUCGGGGACAAAGUAAGUGUUUUGUGGUCUUUGAACUUUAUUCUUUAUUAUCACUAUCAAAUCCGGAAUAUGAUAAGAAAAGGCAGGAAUUAUAUGAACAUUAUCAUCCGUUCGAAUUCUCCCCGACAAUUCCAAUUGAAGAGAAAACUAAGCUUAUGGAAGAAUGGUGGACAAAAACUCAUGGUCUCUUAAUUGAGGGAGGCCUUACCUAUGAUGGAAUAAGGCAAUCUGUCAUUUACUCCACAAUUGCUGUUGUUGAACUAUUUGAGUUUUUGGAGGAAAGAGACAUUCCCGUUCUUAUAUUUUCUGCUGGACUUGCUGAUAUCAUAGAGGAUGUCCUUAGGCAGAAGAUUCACAGACUUUUCAAAAAUGUGAAGAUAGUCUCAAAUCGGAUGGUAUUCGAUAAUAACGGUCACCUUGUAUCUUUUCAAGUGUCAAGGCUGACAAUAUGGGUAGGCAUCCCCUCUCCUGAACCCACCAAACCUUAGCUGGUCCAAAACCUAGGACUUGAAACACAUCCUUGCAUUUAGAAGAGGGCUGGCUUAUGCUACAUUGCUACUAGGCUCUAAGGCCAUUGGAAAAUGGCACUAACGUACAAUUUCCACUUUUCUUUUAUCUUUCAUUUGUUUAAAUAACUUUAUCAUUUUUUCCUCGACACAA